AUGGGUCAAGUCCAAAAUACAGGCCAAUCUGAAAAUGACGAAAAAGAGCUGGAACUAUCAGCAAUUCAAAAUCUCUAUAAGAAAUUUAUAGAAGAGUGCCCAAGUGGAUCUUUGCAUCUACAUGAAUUCAAGAAAAUCUUUGGUGUUACCAGUGAUUCAUCUGCUGAAUCAUUAUACAUGGAUAACAUAUUCAGGUCAUUUGAUUUGAAUCAGGACAACACAUUAGAUUUUGUUGAAUAUGUGGCGAUGCUGCACCUGGUAUUUCGGGGAAAGCUGGAAGAUAAGCUCAGAUGGUCUUUCAAGGUUUUUGACAAGGAUGAAAAUGGUCGCCUUGACAGAAGUGAAGUAAGGAGCAUAGUGAGGAUCAUCCACAGAAUUAAGCAGGGCACUGUCUCUGAUGAGAGAGAGAAAAAUACCCUCACACCUGAACAAGUGUGUAAUCGAAUCUUUGACCUCAUUGAUGUUAACAAAGACGGUCAGAUCACUUUGGAGGAAUUCCUUGAGGGUGCUGAAAGGGAUGAAUGGGUCAGAAAGUUUCUCACUUUGGAGGUGAAUCCCAGCAACUGGGUGAUUGAACGCCAGAAGCUGAAAAAUGGAAUGAAUUAA